CAAAAUUAAUCAGAACCCAAUCACGCACAGUGAAUAGAACUUCUCUCCAUCGACUCACCAGCCCUCAGCUCCCUGAUCUCUGUCUGAAAAUGGAGAAAUCACUGCUAGAUUUAGAGAAGCCAAUGAAACCCAGCUUCAUUGAGAUACCCCAGAAAGUAAAGAGUAUCUCUUUGUCAGCUUUUCUCUUCUCCUUCUUCAUCUAUCUCUUCCUCUCUCAUCCCUCCCCUGCCACUCUCCUCAAAGACACCGGAUUCUGGUUUUUUCUCUCUAAUGUCAUCAUCCUCGUUAUCGCUGCUGAUUCCGGCGCCUUCUCUUCCAAACAGAAGUACGAUCUCUACGAAGAAUACUUGAGAAACAGCAGAGUUAGGAGAGUUUCUUCAUUCGUAGCUCAGCCGCCCGAGAACGUUCCUAAAGCUCAUAUCGAAAAGAAGCCAGAAAUCUACUCAGAAAGAAAAAUUCUGCCUGUAAGUAUGCCAGAAGCCUCUCCGAAAGCUGAAAUCCAAGGGAUACCAAAAGAAGAAACUCCAGAAGAGCUUGAGACUUCAAAAGAAGAGACUCCAGAAUCUGAAGCUGUGGAAGAAAAGACACCUGAAUCUCAUACAAAGGUCGACGUUGAUGCCGAAACUCGUUUUGAGACAAAGGACAUUAAACCGAUGCAUUACCGUAGUAAAUCAGAGAAAUCUAUCUCUGAUGAGAUGGGCAAUGAGAAUACGAAGAAUCUACUCAGGUCAGAGUCUGAAAAGCAUGAAACGAGGUCAGAAGAGGAGUUAGAGGUACCGAAGGAGGAAGAGAAUGAGUUCUCAACUAUGUCUGAUGAAGAACUCAACAGAAGGGUGGAGGAGUUUAUUCAGAGGAUUAACAGACAAAUGCGGCUUCAAGAGAGCAGUAGCUUGAGAGGCUGGGAACUAGAUAAUGAGAUUUAGAAGAUUGAAGUAUUUUUCUAUAUCUAUUUUUUCUCCUUCAGUUUUUUUGUUUUCUUUUUUUUUAUCCUUUUCUUCUUCUUCUUCUUCAUCUUUUGUUGUGUGUCAUCUCAGUGAGACUGUGAGAGUGUAUAUAUUUUGGGAAUCUGUAAGGGAAGUGUAUUUUCCCUCGAAAUCUCAAAAGAAAGUUUGAACUAUCCUCCCUCCUUUCAGUGCUA